AUGCUCUGCCGUAGCCAGGUUCUUCUGCGUGUGAGCCCGUUUGCGCUCUACUUGCAUGAGUUUAGCAAGAGUAGUAGUGCGAAGCGGACGAAGGGCAUAUGCGCAGCGGCGGCGAAGAUGUACCGGAGGCUCUCCCCGGCUGAGAAGCGUGCGCUGGUGCAGAGGGCUGAAGUGACAACAUUUCCGUCACAGGUGGCGUAUCGGCGCAUGUUUAAGCGGGAGAUGAAGAACCUGCAGGACAUGCCUUUGUCGAAGCGCCAUAAGCAUAUCAAGGUGAAGUGGGCCUCUAUGAAGAAAUCCCUCACGAGAACGGCGCCCAAGACGGUGCCGAGCGCCAAGAGAAAGGUUAAGAGAGUCAGCAAGACGGCCAGAAAGACCGCGAAGGGGCCGAGAAAGUAA